AUGCGUCCAGGCGAAGGGGUUCCGGAAGGUGAUGACGUUGCUGGCGGGGAUGGAGCAUUGGCUUCUCCGUCCCUGGUCCCGUGCUCGAUCUGCCUGGAGGCUGUGAAGGAUGACGGUGAACGAUCGACAGCGAAACUGCUGUGUGGUCAUCAAUUCCAUUUAGGUCGGUAAUCAGAUUGUAUCAGUUUUAUUACCCCUUGUCCUCAUUCCUUGUUGGAUUACUUUCUUUUUAGAAUUUAUAACUAUUAGAUGCUCGCCUGAGAUUAUUGUCAUCACUGCGUUCCGUUACGCGGAUCUGUUUCAUUUUGGAUAUUCUGUAGGGAUAUUUUAAAAUGUUGGAUGUUUAUCUUGGGAACUUAUCUCAUGUUGCUAGAAUUCCCAAUCGUCCUUUGAAUGUAUUUUACGCCAUCGGCUGCUUUACAAUCAACGUGAGCGCUGAUAAUAGAAAUGGUGUUUGUUAGAACACGACGUAGUCAGAGGUGAAGUUGGCGUAGGCCAUCUUCAACAAUAAUGACCGGUAUGAACCGAGAUUUGUUUGAAUGUUGACACUCGUCGUCGUCAUCAUGCAUGGGAUAUCCCAUAUGCCAAGGUCAUCUUCAUCCACAACAGGUCCAAAGAAAUUGUAUUUCUGUUCCAGUCAUUUGCCAGCCUGAUGCUAAUUGAACGUUUUCUUAGUGCCUUGAUGAAGUGAGGUAUUAUAUUUCAUUGCUAAGUGGCUAGAUCGCGUGUGAUGAGACAGAUUAAUCACUGCGAUGGGGUGAUUUUCUUCUAAUUCUGUAUUUACUUUUUUAAAUUGCUCUUUUUACGUAUGUAUUUGUUAAUUUUUACAUUUGAGAUCUAGUGCAUAGAACAUGAUGGAUGAAGAGAUAAGAUCUUGUAUUACACACCCAAAAAGUUGUGUGGGAGCCGUGACAAAGUUGGAAUUAUGCUGCCAUAUAAAGAUCUACACUUGCUGCCAUGGUGUGAUACCAUUUCUUAAACAUUUCAGAGGACUGUUUUACAUGGGUUUCGGAUUGUGGUGCCACAACAUUGAUUAUCGAAAAUUAAUGGAGCUCACCUAAAGCAAUAUAUGUGGGUAAUUUAACAUCCUGGUAUACCUUUCAGAUAAUAAAAAUGUAGAACAAAAGUUGAUAGUUUGAGGAGAAGAUAGAUACACACUUGUAAUGCUCGGCAGAAUCUAAAAAUCUUGUCUUAAGAAAAUAAAUAGAUCUGAUCUAAAGCGGCAUAUGUCAGGAAUUGAACAACUUGGCGUGCCUUUCAGAUAGUGAAAAUUCGUAUUUGUCAUUCUCCGCAGAAGCUUGAAACCUUAUCCAAAAACCGUGUAGCCGUUUUAUUAUAAAAAUGAAAAAUAAUAAUAAACGGCUCCCUAACAAUAGGCAAGGAUUAUAAACACAACAUCAUAUCGCAUACUCUUUUAUCAGGGCAUUUUGGUAACGAUAUGUCAAAAUUAAUGAGGAAGGGAAAACCUUGGAAAAAGGAUUGCCAUGAUACAGUUUUGGCAGGCAACCUAUGAAGUUCCAGUAAGCAGUCCGAUUAUAAAUAAUUCAUUAAAGACACCUGUGCCAUGCCAUACCUUGGAAAAAUCAAUUUAUCAGGUAGGGGUUGAUUGUAAUUUCAUGGUUCUAUUACUUGCUAUGAUAGACGGUAAAAAGAAAAUUUGGGAAUGGCGUUAAAUGUUAGAGUAGAAGAGAAGAAAAAGGGUAAAAGCAUAGAAAGAUAAAUAAUAAAUAUCAAUAAAAAAGCAAAAAAGAGGAGCUAAGCGUAUGAAAUGAUAUACACCUUGUAGAAAGAUUAAUGUACUGAAUGAGGCAAAUAAGGAAACUAUGUCAGAUAGAGAGUGCUUAGGCUUGGUGUCUAGCACUGUUGUCUGAGCUCUAUGCGAUCUCAUCCCUAUCUAUUGAUGUACUAAUUUAUGGUCCUCUCAUUCUAGUUCAGUGUCAUAUCCUCUUAUCUGCCUUUUACCACUCCAUCUGAGUUUUCUUGUUCGUUUCUGUCAUUGUUUUGUCUUUGAUAUGAAUGCAUUUUCAUAUCUUAUAUUGAGAAACAUCUGGUCCCACAGCAAAAUAAAUAAAUUCUGAAAGUUGACGCCAACUUAUUUUGAUGCCUUUAGAUCUUAGGUUUCUGAAGUUUCUGCAUAAUUCCAUCUUCUUUAUUAUAUGAUUUCCUGGUAGAGCACUAAAGAGAAAAAGGGAAGCAGAUUUUCCUUUUUGGAAUAUCUCAAGCAAAGGGAGGGAAAGUCUGAGUCUGGGCUGAGGACUGGAAGAGUUACACAAGAUAGAAAGCAUAAGAAGGGCCUGUUUAUCCUCCUGCUGCAUGAUCUGAUCUGCCGUCUUCACUCCAGCUGUUUAUGCUGGAGAUGCUUGGGCACUUUGUAACUUUACCGCAAGAUGAUUCUUGGUCGUUGUACUGCCAUUUUAUCAUAUUAAGCUUAGUGUUGUUUGUUUGAAUGAGUUGGGAGAGAACUUGAAGCUGAGAGAUGACGUUGCUCUUGUUCAAAUCCCUGUUAUCUGCAUUAUUCUUUCUACUGACAUUAUACUUCGUUUUAUUUUUUUAUUUUUUUUCAAAAGAUAACAUCAUAGCAUAGGGCAUUACACAUCUAGAGGUGAAGAUUUAGAAUUUCUUUUUUUCCCCCAAUAUCUGCAAUCUUCUCUCGCUUUCAAGUUUUGUUAGUACAACAACUUGUGCUGCGGUAGAAAUUCCAAUCCUCAUGCUGAAUUUUUCAUUACGUUUGAAUUUUUCGUUUGACAAAAUUUAUAUGGAUCUCCCGAUUCACAUGCCAUAUUACCAUCAUUUAAGAUGUUUUACAUUUUUAGCCUUAUAAUUAUUUUCAGAUUGUGUUGGCUCUGCAUUCAAUGCCAAAGGAGUGAUGCAAUGUCCGAAUUGUAGAAAAAUUGAGAAAGGCAAUUGGCUCUAUGCAAACGGUUGUUUUUCGUUUCGUGAAGUUAGUGUGGAUGACUGGUCAUAUGACGAAGAUCUUUAUGAUCUAAAUUAUUCAGAAAUGGUACGCUCUUGGCAUGAAUCCCCAUAAACUCGUAUAUUAUUCUUUCAAGUCAUCUCUUGAUUAUCGUUUACUUUCAAAUUUAUUUUCUUUCCUGAAGGAUUUAAUAAUGAUAGAUUCUUAUAUUUAGCUUCUCAUGUGGUUAAACCCCUUUCCAUUCUUAUUUUGGAUUGAUUGUUAAAUGGCCUUACUAUCUGUUAGAAUAUGCAAUUAACAAUUCCCCAUCAUUGAGCUAUGAGAGUGAAAUGUUAAGCCUUGGGUUUGGACUGGAACUGAAAACGAAAGGAGACGAUUGCCAUCCUGAAGGGUAGUUAGGUACUAUUUUCCCUACGCACAAAAUUAAUGGUGCUCGUCGGCAUCUUUUUUGCUUCAUGAAGGCGGGCUAUGUUCGUUGGAUAAGAAAAAGAGUGCAGCAAUUGAGUAUUUGAUUAUUCUGCUUCUCCGGUAAAAUAGUUUUUCAAGUUUUUUGCCCAUGAAUUGUAAAAGAAUAACACGACUAUUCAUUUUAUCGACAUAAAUAGUUUGUACUUUGUGCAUAAAACAGGGGAUAAAUACGAAUAGCGACGCAUGCCAAGUCCCCGUUUGUGUCACCUUUUUGUUUCUGUACUUCAAAACUUAUGCACAUAGCAUGUCACUUACGUAAAAGACAUCAGAACGUGGGUCAUGUCAGCAAAGUGAGGAGCAUGGACCAUGUCAAACUCAUGAAAUCCCGACUCCAUAUGUUUUCAUAAUUUCCUCUAAGUAAAUUUGUGGGAAUCUGAUUGUCCAGAAACACAGAAAACGUUAUAUAGUUUCCAAAAAGUUAUCAGCUCUGUUCAAGUGUUUGACUAGUUUGAAAUAACUCAUCCGGAUUGAUAAAUCUCCACCACGUGUUAUUGAAUGCCAUCACAUUUGGAUUGUACUUCUGGUAAAGGUAAUUUAUUCGGCCCUAUUUUUCGUUUUGCCCACCAAUAACUUGUCAAGUUUUCAUUUAGGUCUGCCUCUCAACUAUGACUUUGGAUAUUUUUUGGUUCUUUUUUUUUUUUUUGGUUUACAUAGGCUUUAUCAAUUUUUUUAGCAAAUCUGUUUACAUGUUUUGCAAUGUAGAACCAAGUCUUUAAGCUAACGGGUUACAUGAAAUUCUGUCGUCAAUCUAUUUUUGCAGCCAUAUGGAGUUCACUGGUGCCCAUUUACUAGAUUAACUCGUGUCCCUUCGUCAUUUGAGUAAGUGCAAAUCCUGCGUUUGAGAUUAAGAACGAGCUAUUGAUAAGUACUCUUCACAGUUACCAACUGUUUCUUGAAAAAAGAUGAAAACCUUUUGGAUACGGUUUUCGAAUUUGUACUCUUUUAUUCAUACUUUUAAUUUUUUCUAUACCCUCAGCAGUAUUUUUUUUUCCAACAAAAGUCAGUUUGUGACUACUAAUAAAAUAUGUUCGCAGUUGAAACCUGGGGGGAAAAUUGAAUGUUUCCUAGAUGCUUUUAUUGAUUGGGAGAGUUCCGUUUAGAUGUGUGACUCGGACCACCUGGUUUAGAUCUAAACCAUCGUGUACCAAUAUCAUCUCUUGAGAAGUCCUCUAUUGGAUAUUCAUCUCUUUUAUCAAAUAGGAAUUUUAAAAAUCUGAUUCUUCGUUAUUAUUCAUACUUUUCCUUUCUUAGAUUUGCUUCCAAUCAUAACUUUAUCAUGGUGUAUAUUGUUACGGACUAGCUAGUACCACUAGAAACUUGGCACCUUCCAAGUAUAUUGACAUUCUGAUGUUUCAAACUUUGCAGAGAAGGUGAAUCUCCUUCUAUCUCUUGUAAGCUUACUGAAUAUCUCUAUUAUUUUUCUUUUUACGAAGGCACAUUAGAGGGCUUCUGGUGAUACCUAUUUUUCCGGUGCAGAUCAUAGUUUGGAUGGACAUGCUGUCUUUGUACAUCCAGCUCCUUCACUAGGCCAUCCAUGCCCCUAUGUGGCUCGCCUUCACCCUCUGCAGUCCUCAUCCUCCUCUACUCCCCCGGUUUCCACUGAAACUCUCAUCGAUCCUCCUUUCCAUCACAGUUGGAGCAACCCCUUUCCGCCAGUCAAUCAUCUGGCUUCCCAUCCAUUCCCCACUGUUGACGUCCAUUACCUUGGUCAAGAGCUCAAUCCUUCUCCGUACUCACACAUAAACAGUCGGCCCAGCAGUGCAGACCAGCCCCCCCUUUCUGCUGCAGCAAUGAGGCCAACGAGGGCUGAACCAGAUGCUCCUUUGAGGCCAGGAUCUUAUCUGCACCCUCCUCCUUUUGCGCCUCCCAGACACGGGUAAGUUCCCAGUCCCCAGAAUUUCCCAUAUCUGUGGCUUCCUUUAUUUUAUUUUAUUUUAUUUUGAAACUAUCCCCUCAGGCACUGCCAGCAAUACCUGAAGAGAAGAUAAAUGCAACCCUCAAAUCAAAUUGAUAGAAUAUCAAAGUUUGAAUUUUAUAUGAUUUUUAUAAUGCCUGGGUGUUAUUUAUUUACUUAUUUAUUUAUUUAUUCAUUCAUUCAUUCAUUUAUUCAUUUAUUCAUUUAUUCAUAAUUAGUUUUUCAAAAACAGUCCAGAAUAGCCAUAGGCAUGGGCCGCUAAGGCACAGCCGAUUAAACCAAUUAUUAAUUCGAAAUAUUCUCACAUUCUACUGCCUUAGGUCGGCAUCUAGAGCUGGGACCUCGUCUGAGCCCACUGCCUCUCACCAUGCCGGGGGCUCCCCGCCGCGUGGCCGCCUGCAAGACUUUAAUUCAGCGCACCGGCAUCAUCACAGUGCGAUGCCGCCAAUGGCGGCAGGUACAAGAAGGCCAAACAGCACAAGGGCACAAGAUGCUGAGACGAGCAGAGUGAAUCGAUUCUACGCAUGGGAGAGGGACCAGUUCAGCCCAUUCCCACUGGUGCCGGUAGAGAGGGAUUCAGGAUGGUGGGGGCCGUUCCAACCGGCGCCCAGGACUUCUGAGGCCGGCAGUUGGCCAGGAGGAUCAUCGUCUCUUGGCAGGCCGGAGGGUUUCUCUCAUCCUCCUCCCAUCCUCCCGCCAUGGGUUUAUCCCUUCAUCUGA